AUUAUAUAACCUAAGAACAAGUCUUAUAAAUGCAAGUCUCCCUUUCCAUCUAAACACCUAUUUUUCUUUCAAACCUCACAAGUUAGCUAGCCUUUUUUUUUUUUCAUUCAACAAUGGCAACCAAUAUUCCUCAAAAACUUCAUUUUGUGUUUAUUCCAUUACUAGCACAAGGCCAUAUGAUUCCCAUGAUAGACAUGGCUAAGCUAUUCGCGGAGCAUGGUGUGAAGGUUAGUUUAGUAACUACACCACAUAACGCGUCAAGAUUUGCAACUAUUAUCAAUCGGGCAAAAGAAAUUGGGUUAGAUAUUGAACUUAUUCAAAUCCCAUUUCCUAGUGAACAAGUUGGCUUACCUAUCGGUUGUGAAAAUCUAGAUAGUGUGCCUUCGCGUGACCUUAUAAGAAAUUUUUAUAGAGCACUUAAUAUGUUACAAAAUCCAUUGGAGAAUAUUUUGCUUGACCAAAAUACCCCUCCAAGUUGUAUAAUUUCAGAUAAGUGUCUCUCAUGGACAUCGCAAACAGCGCGAAAGUUCAACGUCCCAAGGCUUGUUUUUCAUGGGAUGUGUUGUUUUUCAUUGUUAAGUUCACAUAAUUUGAUGCUUCAUAGGCCUUAUUUGAAGGUUAAAUCGGAUAUGGAACGUUUUGUUGUGCCAGGGCUUCCACUAAGGGUUGAAAUAGCAAAAAAUCAACUUCCAGGGGCUUUUGUGCAAUUACCAGACUUGGAUGAUAUUAGAGGUCAGAUGCAAGAGGCUGAAUCAAGUGCUUAUGGAGUUGUGGUUAAUAGUUUUGUAGAAUUGGAGCAUGGAUGUGUUGAGGAAUAUGAAAAAGCUAUUAAUAAGAAGGUAUGGUGCAUUGGACCAGUUUCGCUUUGUAAUAAAAAUGUUAUGGAUAUGUAUCAAAGGGGAAAUAAACCUUCAAUUGAUGACAAACAAUGUUUAAAAUGGCUCGACACGAUGAAAAAUGAGUCCGUUCUUUAUUGUUGUCUUGGUAGUCAAUGCAGGUUAAUCGCAUCGCAAUUGAUAGAAAUUGGGCUCGGUUUAGAAGCAUCAAAAAGGCCGUUUAUUUGGGUAAUAAAGACCGCAGAUCAAAAUUUUCUUCAACUAGAGAAAUGGUUGUUGGACACAAAGUACGAGGAGAGAAUCAAAGGGAGGGGACUUGUGAUUAAGGGUUGGGCCCCUCAAGUUCUUAUAUUGUCACAUCCAGCCAUAAAGGGGUUUCUGACCCACUGUGGUUGGAAUUCAACGAUAGAAGGGGUGAGUUGUGGUGUGCCUAUGAUCACAUGGCCUAUGUUUGCGGAACAAUUCUUCAAUGAGAAGCUAAUUGUUGAAGUUCUGAGGAUUGGAGUUGAAGUUGGAGUUAAAUUUCCGGUUAGAUGGGGAGAAGAAGAGAAAGUUGGAGUACUUGUUUGCAAAGAACAAGUUGUGAACGCUAUAGAGGAACUCAUGGAUGGAGGAGAAGAAGGCGAAAAGAGAAGAAUUCGAUCUAAAGAACUAGGGACGAUAGCAAGAAUGACCAUGGAAGAAAAUGGAACUUCUCGACUCAACAUAUUAAACCUCAUCCAAGACAUCUUAAACCAAUCAUUAAGUACUCAAUUAGUUUAAAAUUUUAAUUACAUACAUUCACUGACAGUAUAAAGAAUUUUAUA